AUGCGCUCGCAGUUAUCUGAGGACUGCUUUGCUUCCAACCAAUCCCUUACGUUACAUCGCACUAUAGAGAUGCUACGAGCGUCUGCGUCGGCAAUCCGGGUGCAUCGCUGCCUAUCAUGUGCACACGUACACCCAGUUAUCCAAGGAAUUGGAGUUUCAUACGAGAUCCGAAUCGUUCAAGUUUUCCAUUUUGGACCAUCGGUAAGACGCGGUGGAUCAGUCAUGUCCGGAGCUGAGGCUGACGCUAAGGAUGUCGCUUCUGAGCAGAAGGAGCCGGUUGCUGCCGAUGCAGCUGGUCCCGAAGUAGCCGAGGAGAGCCGUGACUCUGCCGCCUCGUUGGACAAUGACGAGAAGUCGUACUCGGGAUCCGAGGAGAAGAAUGGCGAGAGCGAAGAUGGUGGAGAAGAUGAGGAAGGGGGUCACGACGAAGAGGAGAGUAAUGAGGCAACAACCGAAGAAAACGGCAAGGAAGGCGAAAACGGCCACGUUGAGUCAACCGACACCAAUGGCAACGAUCGCAAACGGGUGUCGGACGUGGGAGUAGGGGAGGCAGCUGAGGAUGGUGCUCCCGCACUGAAGAAGAAGAAGGGCGAGGAGGAAGAGGUUGGCGCUGGAGAUGCACCAGCGGGUGCUGUUGCAGCUGAAUGA